CGCCGGAACGCGCGCACGCGUUUUCAAAUUUGGAACCCAAAAAGAACGGAUAACGUGCUUUUUGAAUUCGAACUGUGUUUUGUGUUCUAUUUGUGAGGUUGUGUUUUGUUUUUGAGGAUUUUGAAAAGAGAAUACGGUUGGCAGCGAAUUAGGUUGAGUUUCGUCAGCGAUACAACCACUCCGAAAACUCAAUUAAAAUGAGAAAGAAGAGAAAACAAAGAAUAAAACAUAAAUAAAAAACUAAAAUUGCAUCCAAAAAGCAUUUAUGUCAAAAACUUUAUCACGUCUGUGGCCUGCCAGAUAGAGACUGGGUGUUUUCAAGUGAAUUUCAAAGACAAAAAAAUAAACCCGUACCGGUGUGUACCAUAAAAACAACUUACUUUAAAAAAUAAACGGCCCUUUUCAAAUUCCGAACGCAAAUAAGUAAUCGAAGUUUAAAUGAUUGCUUUUGUUCAAACAUUUUGGGACUGCUGCCUUCGGCUGUUUAUUUAGCUGCCUCUAAAGAGGAUUUUAAAAACAAGACAGUGAAAGAAUAAACAAAACUCGAACGCAUUUACCGUAAAGACUACCAUUAUUUAAAUACCGUUCCGUUCUGUGUUCACAUUCGAAAAUUCAAAUUAGGAACGAAAAUUAAAGCGUGCCACUAGCAGUAAUACGCUCGCGAUUUUCCGCGUGAAGUUUUAGUGUUACCAGUUAAGUUGUGGUGUCAAAGUGGCUGGAGACGAGCAUUUGGACAUGCUGGGGGGCCCUGAGUGGGGACAGCGGGAGGCCACCCCACCUAGAGAUGCCCCCCUGCCGAGUUUUGGCUUCACACAGGAGCAAGUCGCGUGUGUCUGCGAGGUCCUCCAACAAGCCGGCAAUAUCGAGCGCCUCGGCCGCUUCCUCUGGUCGCUGCCGGCGUGCGAGCGGCUACACGCGCACGAGUCGGUGCUGAAGGCCAAGGCCAUGGUGGCCUUCCACCGCGGCAACUUCAAGGAGCUGUACCGGCUGCUGGAGUCGCACACCUUCAGCGCGCACAACCACGCCAAGCUGCAGAGCCUGUGGCUCAAGGCGCACUACCUAGAAGCGGAGCGGUUGCGCGGGCGGCCGCUAGGAGCGGUCGGCAAGUACCGAGUCCGGCGCAAGUUCCCUCUGCCCCGGACCAUAUGGGACGGCGAGGAGACCUCUUAUUGUUUUAAGGAAAAGUCCCGGUCUGUGCUCCGAGAUUGGUACCUCCACAAUCCCUAUCCUUCACCCCGGGAAAAACGGGAACUGGCCGAGACUACGGGACUCACUACUGUUCAGGUUUCAAAUUGGUUCAAAAACAGACGGCAAAGGGAUCGGCAAGCAGAACACAAAGACAGUGGCGGCGGCGGAGACAAACAGCUGGACUCUUCAACAGACGACGACAGCGAUGCGCCCACGCACCCCACGCAGCCCCACGUCGUGCCCCCCCACCCCCCUCAGCCACUGUACCCCCUCUACGAGCACCCCCUAGCACACCUACAGUACCACCACUCGUGACCCCCUUAUCCCUAUCUGUAGAUGUAAUAUAAAAUGGCGGAAAGAUGCAUGUAUGUUGAAAUGUAACGACGCCAAGACAAGACAUUUUUGUUGCAAUAGCUUUUUUUAACCAGAACGAAGAAGUUCUUGGCCUGCAUCUCACCUUGGAAAGUGAUGAUCAGGCCGAAGGUGGAAGCGAGCUUCACCCGGAAUCCCUGACCGCAGAGGGACUGGCUAUCUUACCUCUGCCGGAUAACAAUAUUACAAAUGUAUUAGAUGCUACAGUGUCAAGCUAGAUUGAUGUGCUGUCCAAUUCUCAACAUACGUGCACCAAAGUUUAUCAAAAAUUGUGAAGCAUUUAAAUUCGUUUAUGUAUCACAAUUUUUGGAAUAUACGUUUAAAUAUACUGUAAAUAGUUUUUAAUAUCGUAUCAAAUUGUAAUUUAUUAUUUAACACAGUCACACCGCAUUUAAAACACCACUGCGUUGUCAUCAGCUAGAUACUUACCUACUAUAUUUUAUUUAAUUAGGUACAAACGUAAUGAACACGGAUGUUUUACGAUUAUUUCAUUUGAUAAGUAAAACUACCUUUUUUUAAACAAUAAAGAAAAAAACUAAAAUAACUUGAUAAUUCGAUCAAAAAAGUAUGUCAAUUGACUGGUCAGUGUUAACAAGACUAUUCCAAAGUCUGUCAACAUAAACUUCUUCAUCAUCAUUGCUAUUAUUAGAUGUUAAAACUAAAUACAUAAAUGUUUUGUAUUGCAUAAAUUAAUUUUAACAACCCAUUAUUAGUUGAAACUACUUGUUUUAUUUCCAUAAUUUUGUUCGUCGGUAUCAUAACUUUGUAAUUUUAUUGACCGAGACAUAGAAAAAUAUACAUUUAUCAUAAAAAAAUACUAUUAUUCUUGUACAGUUUGUGAUUUUUGUAACUUGUCUGAUUUCCAAACAUGUUUUGUUUAUUCUUAAUUAAGUAAUCAAAUAAAAUAAUUAUAAAACAUCCUUUCUUGUAUGAAUAAAGUUAUUAAGUACCACUCACAUCAUACCUAUACUAAUCUUAAAACAAAAAUGUUAAAAUUAAAAUUUAGUAUAGUCUGAAUUUUGUGAUUUAAAUACAUGCUUCCUAAAUCUAUCAUAUCUUAUAGGUUACAUAAUAUAAAUAAUGUAAAGUAGGCGGUAAGUCAACCUACUACAAAAGGCAAUCUCGUCAGUGGAUUUUGAAUUUUAUGUGCAUUAAAAUAAGAUUUUUUAUUUUAUUUUUGUGGUUGGUUGAAACACUGCCGACUACGACGCAUUUUCCGGUAUAACAAUAUAAAAAAAAAAUAUAUUCCUACCUACCAACUAAAAUACAAUAAUAUUUUGUAAUUAAAAAAAAAAAAAACAAUUUUUAGUUAAGAUAUGAAAAACUGCCAAAACUGAAUGCUUCGAAAAUAUUGUGAUGCAUUUUAAAUUUAAUUUAUAUUUAAAGAAGCAUUUUUAAAAUACACACAUUAGUUACAGUUAUUUGCACUCUCCCUUAUAAUAGUUAAAAUAUAAGUAAUUUAAUAUCCAAACAAAAAAACUUAACAAUUAAAAUAUCACUCUAUUAAAAAGAAAUAAAUAACUGAAGAUUUAUAUUACCUAUUCAUAGCAUAGUACCUAAAUUAAACACACAGCUAAAAAUACAAAUACCAUACGCACUUAUUUUAAAAUAAAAAAAAAAGUCACAAUCUAAGCCAGCCAUUUAAAAAUAUUUUUUUUUCUGUUCAAGUAAGGCAAAGGCAUACAUACUUGUACAACUAAAUCAUCAGUUUUUGUUUUGCUCUUAAAAAAAUGAAAAAUCGCAUUGUUAUUUUUUACCUAAGUUCGUACCUGCAAAUUUCAUAGAAUUUUCUAAGAUUUAUUUAUUUAGUGUUUGUUUUAUGUUUUAUAAACAACAUAUUUAUUUAGGUGUUAUUAUAUUUAAAACAACACACAGACAAUUGUUUUAAAUUAAGGGUCUUUCGUAUUAUAUGUAACGUAUUUAAUCUCAUUGAAUUCUAAUAAAUACAUUAAUCAAAAUGUAAUGAUUAAAAUAGGUAGUUCAAUACAUUUUCUCUUUUACUUAGUCCAUAAUUAUGUGGGUUUGUUUCACCUAGCGUUCUUUAACAUCACGUUUCUUUAAAAACAAAUACUUUUUAGCUUACGGAAGACCCUUAAAUGAAACAACAAAAAUGCCCCUGUAUUCAUUAACAUUAAAUUUAGCUAGUUAUUUAUUUAAUUAAUGUAUUAUUUGUUUAGAAACAACGCUGUAUUGUAAAAAUAAUGUAGGCACACGCAGCUCGUCUUAAAAGUUAUUUGUAUUUUUUAAAACAAGUGUGUUGUUAAAUUAUAAA